AUGAUUUAAUUAUACCUUGCAUUUCUAUUUCUAGGUGUAACUCAAUCGGCGUAUAUAAUUGAUUCUGCAGUUGAUCAGGUAUUUUGGUGUGGAGGCUCAAUUAUUGUUACAUCUGAUGAUGAUGUAGUUGAGUAGAAAAACGAGGCUUAACAACAUAGAAAAAUAUUAUUUGUUCUAUCAAAUAAAGGAAUUGGGUAUAGAUCUGUUGAUUAUGGUUAAAAAUGGGAAAACGUGACAUAAUAAUUAAUAGAUUAAUAGAAAUUAGAUAGCAAUUAUAAAUUUAAAGACAUUAUGUAAUCUCCUGCAGAUUCUUUCACUAUGUACUUCAUUGGAUAUAAUCAAUCCUUCAUCAGUCAAGACUGCGGAAGAACUUACCGAACAUUUAAUGAUAAUAGAUUAUAUGGCUUUAGAUUUAAUAAAUUAAAUAAAGAUUAAAUUUUAGCAUUUUAAGAAAAGAAAUGCAAUAAAACAGAUAAGAGCUGUAAAGAAUAAUAUAAGAGAGAACUUUGGGUAACAAAAAAUGGAGGUCAAAUAUGGUAACCUGUUUUGGAUCAUGUUAGAGAUGCUGCAUGGGAUAAAUUAAUUCAUUAUGAAAUGGUUCCAGAUAUGAGAAUAAUUGUAUCCCAUGUUGAUAAUUAAGGAGAAUUAAAAGUGUCUUAUUCUGAUGACUUUUUUAAAACGAUCAAAUAGAUAGAAAAGGAUUGCUUUGGAUUUUACUAAACACCUACUUAUCUAUUUUUACUAGUUAGACCUGACUAAUACAGUGUGGGAUAUGAUUUAAAAAUGUCUCCUCAUUUAGGUGAAACGUAUUUCCCUUAAGAAAUAGUACUGCCAAUUGAUGACUAAAGCAAACAUACAUUCACUGUUUUAGAUGUAACAGACAGUAUUGUCUAUAUGUCAGUGGCACACGCUGAAGAAUUAUCAAAAGUAACGAAUAUUUAUAUGAGUGAUGGUAAUGAAUUUACAGUCUCCCUUUUGGGAAAUGUUAGAAGUCAAGACACUGGACAUUGUGAUUUUGAGAAAAUCAAAAGUAUGAAAGGUGUAUAUAUUGCUAAUAUUUUUGAUUAUGAUGAAAUCGAAAAGACUAAAUAGAGAAGAAAGAGAAUCAACUCAGAAAGGGAAAUGAAACUUUAGAGUUCAGAUAGAUUGGACUAAUACAAAAAAUCAGUAAUUACUUUUGAUUUAGGAGCUGAAUGGCAUUCAUUAAAGGCUCCAAAAUAUUCUUACGCUGGACAACCUUUAAAUUGCAACGGAGAUUGCAGUCUUCAUUUGAAAGGUAGAACUGAAACUACAUCAUUAAUAUAUAGUAGCGAAUAAGCAGUAGGAAUAAUUAUUGGAACUGGAAAUACAGGAUUAUACCUUGAUGGUUAAGAGACUAACACUUAUUUAUCAAGAGAUGGAGGUCAUAAUUGGUAUGAGAUAUUAAAUGGAACUUAUAUUUAUGAGAUAGGAGAUCAUGGAGGACUUAUCAUAUUUGCUGAAUCAGAAUCCUAUACAAAUGUGGCCAAAUUUACACAAGAUGAAGGAAUGACCUUUUAAGAUAUAAAAUUAAAUAUCUCUUUGGAUAUUGAUAAUAUAGUUACAGAGCCCUCGAACGAAGAAUAAAAAUUCUUAAUUUAUGGUAGAAUAAAAUAAUCAGAUAAUCCUUAAGAAGAUUUUUGGAAUAAAUAUGAAUCUAUAAUUGGUGUCUUAAUUCCAGUUGAUCUAUCUAAUGUAUAUCAAAGAAUUUGCAAAGGUAGUGAAAAUCCUGAUGAUCCAGAUUCUGAUUAUGAAUAUUGGUCCCCAUUGAAUUAUCAACAAUAGAAAUGCUUAUUUGGCCAAAAAGUGAAGUAUUAAAGAAAAAAAAGGGAAGCGAAAUGCAAGAAUCCAGAAAUAGUAAAAAAGUUAUUAGUCGAAAACUGCCCCUGUACAGCUGAAGAUUGGGAAUGUGAUUUAGGAUUUAUGAGGAAAAUAGAUGGUGGUGAAUGUGUUCCAAUGACGUAAGGAUUUUCAUCAUAACCACCUCCUAUUAAAUGCACAGGCACUUAUAUGAAAUCAUAAGGCUAUAGAAAAAUACCUGGUGAUUAAUGUGAAGGAGGGUAAAAAUAAAUAUAAAUAAUAGAGUCUAUUUAGGGCCGAUCGAAUAAGAAUGUCCAACAGAAAAAACAAACAUUUAAGUGAAUUAAAUUAUUACUGAUAAACCAAUUGUGAAAAGUGAUUUAAAAAAAUAAGAUAGUUUAGAUUUGUAAAGUCCCAUCUAUCAAAAUCAACCAGGAUAAAAUACUACAUCUUUUAACAUUUUAGAUUAUGCUGAAUACAUAAUAAUUUCAAUAAUGAUCUUAACGCUAUUUUAUUUAAGAAACUUAAUAUGGAGUGUAGUAAAGUAAAUUUUCUCAGCUUCAUAAGUAAAUAAAAACAGAAGUAAAUAUUAAAUAAUAUACAAGAAAAGCGAAGUUAUUAUCCUCCUUCUGAGGAAGAAUUGUAAGAGAAAAAAUAAACAACAAAAAAAAGAUUAUUUGGUAUUUAAUCAACCAAAGACGAAGAUGAAGAAGCAGGAUUGUGA